UGUGGUGAAUGCCAAUUUAAAGCGGAGGAAAACAGCUGUUUAUUGUUUUCCUCCUAAUUUUUUAAAAACACAUUCUCAAAAAUGAUACGAAAACUAUUAUUUAACACACAUGGUGUGUUAAAACAGCAACCAAAGUUACAUCACAUAAGACACCUGGCAGCACCGAAAAUUUUGCAACUUGAACAAAUCCACAUAGACGAAGCCGUCAAAGUGGAGCCAACUUUAUCUAUCUUCACACCUGAGAUUUGGCGGAGAGCACAUCAAACGUUUCAGAAUCACGGUUUAGAAACGACAAACUUUCUGAGAAUAGUUACCGGUAAUCCAGACAUUCUUAAACGAACGCCAGCAAAAAUAAUCAACAGCCUGGAAAUUUGGAGAGCCUGCCAGUUCGGCGAGAAUCUUCUACACCUGCUCCUUACAAAAUAUCCUGAAUUAUUGGACAUAAGUGACUCUCAUCAGUUACUUUCUCAUAUUGGCUUUCUAAAAAGUCGCGUCUCCACAAGUAAAAAUGUUUGGAAACUACUGAUGAAUAGUCCAGAUCUAAUAGCACAGCAUGAGGAAUCCUUAGAGGAAAAGCUUAAUUUCAUGAUAGAUGUAAUGCGCAUUGAAGUUCCGGAAAUAGUGAAAUCAUCUGCUUUAACUUUACCAUUUGAGGAGCUGCGUUGUCGCCACGAGUUCUUGGUCCGGUUGGGCUUAUUCAAGCCGCGACCUCUGAAAGCCAAUCCUGAUGAGCCCACUACAAACCACAAACUGUAUCAAAUUACAGACACUUCAGAAAAGAGUUUUGCUACAAAGAUAUCCCAUGUCACUCUGCCGGAAUACGAAGCCUUUAAGGAACUCUACGCCAAGGAACUUCAGCGAAAAUCCAGAAAAGCAAAAGAGGAAGAAGAUUUCAGCGAUGAAGAAGACUAGGAUUACGACUUAUCAUUUAAAGCAAACCAAAUUUGAUUAAUUUAAUCAACUAAUAAAUCAUUUUACAAUGGCAA